UUUCCAAGCAAAGAACGAACUUGUAAGAAAGAUACAGUCUCUGUCUCUGGUUAUCUUUUAUUCUCUUUUAUGUGACAGGAAACUUAGGGAGAGAGCUACGGUGAGAGUCUUCAAUGGCGACCAAGACCCAAAUACCAAACAACACAGAUACGGAGAGGCCAAACGGCGACUCCACGGAGGAGAGAUGCUCAGUGGAGGAAGUGGCCUUGGUGGUGCCGGAGACCGACGACCCAACUAUGCCGGUCUUGACUUUCCGGGCCUGGGUUUUGGGCCUGGGCUCAUGUGUGUUACUCAUCUUCCUCAACACCUUCUUCACCUACCGUACUCAACCCCUCUCCAUUUCCGCCAUUCUUAUGCAAAUAUCCGUUUUGCCCAUCGGAAAGUUCAUGGCGGCCACUCUUCCCAGAAAGGAGUACAGCUUGUUGGGAUGGCGGUUCAGCUUGAACCCAGGUCCCUUUAACAUGAAGGAACACGUCAUCAUCACCAUUUUUGCCAAUUGUGGAGUGUCCACUGGUGGCGGCGACGCUUACUCCAUCGGAGCCAUUACCGUCAUGAAGGCCUAUUAUAAGCAAAGCGUUAACUUUCUUUGUGCGCUUCUCAUCGUCUUGACCACUCAGAUUUUGGGGUAUGGAUGGGCUGGAAUGCUUAGGCGAUACCUGGUCGACCCAGUUGAGAUGUGGUGGCCAGCAAACCUUGCCCAGGUUUCUCUGUUUAGAGCACUCCAUGAAAAUGAGUCUAAAAGUAAAGGCAUGACCAGAAUGAAAUUUUUCCUCAUUGUCAUGGCAGCAAGUUUUGCCUACUACGCCCUCCCUGGGUAUAUCUUCCCCAUAUUGACAUUCUUCUCAUGGGUUUGCUGGAUUUGGCCACAUAGUAUCACUGCUCAACAGAUUGGUUCAGGUUAUAAUGGACUUGGGAUAGGUGCCUUUACCCUAGAUUGGGCAGGGAUUUCUGCUUAUCAUGGAAGCCCUCUUGUCGCUCCUUUCUCUUCCAUUCUCAACGUUGGAGUUGGUUUUAUCAUGUUUAUCUACAUAAUUGUUCCACUAUGUUAUUGGAAGUACAACACAUUUGAUGCUCAGAAAUUUCCUAUUUUCUCUAAUAAACUGUUUACUAACGCUGGCCAUAAAUAUGAUACCACCAAGGUCUUGACACCACAGUUUGAUCUUAAUGUGGAAGCUUAUAAUAGCUAUGGAAAACUCUACCUUAGCCCUCUUUUUGCUCUAUCGAUUGGUUCAGGAUUUGCUAGAUUUACAGCAACUCUCACUCAUGUGGCACUCUUUCAUGGCAGAGAUAUAAUAAAGCAGAGCAGAUCGGCAAUGAAGAAUGCGAAACUGGACAUUCAUGCAAAGCUUAUGAAAAGCUAUAAACAAGUGCCCGAAUGGUGGUUCCUCAUCUUGUUAGCUGGAAGCAUUGUUCUAUCAUUGGUGAUGUCUUUUGUGUGGAAAGAAGAUGUUCAGUUGCCUUGGUGGGGAAUGUUGUUUGCUUUUGCCUUAGCUUGGAUUGUCACUCUCCCCAUUGGGGUCAUCCAAGCAACCACCAACCAGCAACCCGGAUAUGAUAUUAUUGCACAGUUCAUCAUUGGUUAUAUUCUACCAGGAAAACCCAUUGCAAACUUGCUCUUCAAAAUUUAUGGACGAAUUAGUACUGUUCAUGCUCUCUCUUUCUUAUCUGACCUUAAACUUGGACACUACAUGAAGAUUCCACCUCGGUGCAUGUACACAGCUCAGCUUGUGGGAACUCUAGUUGCUGGGACAGUCAACCUUUCAGUGGCAUGGUGGAUGCUUGAGAGCAUUGAAAACAUAUGCGACGUUGAAUCUCUCCACCCUAACGGUCCAUGGACUUGUCCUAAGUACCGAGUGACCUUCGAUGCUUCUGUCAUUUGGGGCCUGAUCGGACCAAAGAGGUUAUUUGGACCAGGGGGACUUUACCGCAACUUGGUAUGGUUAUUCCUCAUUGGAGCUGUCUUGCCAAUUCCUAUUUGGGUGCUGAGCAAAAUUUUCCCGGAAAAGAAAUGGAUUCCCUUGAUAAACAUUCCAGUUAUAUCCUACGGGUUCGCAGGAAUGCCUCCUGCAACUCCCACCAACAUAGCUAGUUGGCUCGUCACAGGAACUAUCUUUAACUACUUUGUUUUCAGAUAUCACAAACGCUGGUGGCAAAAAUAUAAUUAUGUUCUGUCAGCAGCAUUGGAUGCUGGCACUGCUUUCAUGGCUGUCCUGCUUUUCUUCGCUUUGCAAAAUGAAAAAGUAGAACUCAAGUGGUGGGGCACUUCCCUGGAUCACUGCCCUUUGGCCACAUGCCCAACUGCACCUGGUAUUAAAGUUGAUGGGUGUCCAGUUUUCUGAGUAAUUAGCUCCAUUGCCAUUACCAGUGCUAAGAAAGAGAAAAGUAGGAAAUGGUGUAGCCACUGAGGAAUGAGGGUCAUAUUUUUCUUAUGAUACGGUAUUUGUUUAUUAUUAAAGAAUAGAAUUCUCAUUGAUGCUUUGGUGGAGGAAGAGAUCAGUGGUAUAGUAGUUGUUGGAGUGAAAUCUAUGCUGUUGUUAAUAAUAAUACUAAUAUAUUGUAAGGAUUGCAUAGAUAGUUAAUAAAUUAGUCAUCACUCUCUCUAUCACCCA